AGCCGCCGCGAUGAUAGCCAAUCAAGCGAAAGCGCAACCCCGCGUGCACGUCUUCUUCCUCAUCCCCGGCACAACCCGUUCCUGCACGCACGCGCUCGUUGCCCUCACGCCAGCCAUAGGUCGCUAGUGGUUUCUUUCUUCUCCAUUGACUGAUCGACCCCUGCAUGCGCGCGGGAAGCCGCCAUGCACGCGCGCAUCUGGGUCGCCGACGACUUCCGGCUCGGCUCCAGCAGCGGAGGCAGCAGCCCGGCCGCCUCCCCCUCCGGCCCCUCCGACAGCGACGGCGGAUCCACCAGCACCGACGAGCACUGCCCCGACGUCCCACGCGAGUCCCGGCGCCACUUCUCGCGUUUCCGCCCGACCUCUCCGUCCUCCUCCAGCCCACUGUGCGGCGACGACUACAAGCACCUGCAGCGCAUGGCCCUCCUCCUCCCCGCCUUCUCCUCCACCGCCGCGGCACGCGCGGGCGCUCUGCGUCAAUGGAUCGCCGGCUUCGACGUUGGCUGGGUGCUGGACAUGGGCCCCGGGAGCGGGACUGACCACGGCCUCCCGCGGCGGGAGGUCGGGGGGAGGAUCAGGGCGUGGGCGCAGGCGCUGGGCGCCAUGGACCGCGUCUUCCGAGGCCGGCACAACCUGGAGGUCCGCAGCCCGGCCAGCGACGCCGCGGCGGCGGAGCUAGCGGGCGAAAGCGUCGGCGUGAUGCUGAGGCUGACCGGCACCGGGACGCGUCCAGCAGGCCGGCAGCGUCGGCGUGAUGCUGCGCUGGCCGGCCUGCUGGACGCGUCCCGGCGCUGCGUGCGCGACCUCAGGGGCUUCAUACGCGCACCGCAGUACCCGUGGCGGAUGCCGCAGGGCGGCGAGGAGCACCCGAGCGUCGGGUUCUGGAUGGGCUACCUGCGCUGCAUGCUGCGCAACCGCGUGCCCCUCUAUUUCGUCCUCGCCGGCGGCGACCAGGACGAGGCCAGCCUGGUCACGGAGCUGAUCUCGUGCCUGGAGGCGGCGCUCGAGGACAAGUCCGCCGCGCUCGCCUUCCCGGGGCUGAGGCAGGUGUUCAUGCUCAACAACACGAGCGCCAUCGUGCGCUGCGCCGUGCGCUCCGACGCCAUCGGCAUGCUCCUGCCGCCUGGCUGGGCCGGCGCCCGCGAGGAGCGCAUGGAGGGCUACAUCAGAGAUUACCUGCGAGUCUCCUGGGCGCCCGUGGUGUCGCGCCUUGGCGGGAAGCCUGGAGCCAUGAACGCUCUGCGGCGACGGCACCCGCUGAGCGCGUUCCACUCGGCGUUCCAGAACGCGUGCAGCAUGCAGACAGGCUGGAAGGUGCCCAGCCCCGUGCUCAGGGGUGACCUCCGGAUGGCCGUGUCCGAGACCGUCGUGCCGGCGUACCGCCGGUAUCUGGACAGCCACCCGGAGGUUAACGUGCCCGCCGGCCGCGGCGCGGAGGAGCUCCGCCGUCACCUGUCGGAGCUGUUCGAAGGAUAGAAGAUGAAAACUUUUGGGAGCAAAGCAACUGCAUCCUCGUUUCCGGUUUUUGUCUGUCUCAUUGAUUCCUUUUGUUUUUUCAGAUAUUUUCAUUCAAACAAGAAAUUAAAUUGAACAGAAUUGUGAACAAUAACAAGCAAACAAUGUCCAUCAAUGACAAGCAUAUAGAACAAGCUUAUGCACAAAAAGGCUCAAGUACACCGAAAGUACAUUUCUGCUCGCGAGCUCAAAUGAGCUCGGUGAAAGGCGUGGCAAAAAAAACAAAUUCAGUGCUCUAAAAUGCUUUUGAAAGUAGCAUUUUAGGAGUACCUUUUUUUGCCACGCCUUCUAGGAAUGUGAUUUCAAGACGAAUUUUUGCAAGCACUUAAAACUUUUGUCAAUGUUUCUCCCAAAAAAAUGAUUUUUUUUGUAGAUUUUGUAUUUUGUUUCGAACAUAUACACUGGGGAUGUGUUUGGUUACCUGCAUCGCUUUUUGGCCAUUUGCAUACUUGUGCCAGUUGAGCCUGGUUGAGCAUAUGCAGGCAAAAAAACAUUAUCUUCACUUAAUUUGGUUGCGUGCAUAUAUGUUGUCUGCAUUAGAGGAACAUUUUUUUGCUUGUCGUUUGGUUGCGUGCAUUUUUUUGCUUGUCGUUUGGUUGCGUGCAAAUGCUCGGUGUUUGGUUGCAUGCAUGCAAGGUGAUUAAGAGUUAACAUGUACACACGACACACUGAGCAUGGUGGGGAGACGAAUCAAACUGGGUGCUGGUGACCUUACCAGGGUGUGGAAAGACCCUAUAAAUGGGCUUCCUCCGCUCAAUUUGAUAUUCCCACAACUAUUUGAAAUAUGUACAGAUCACGACUGCACAGGGAAGAGAUUUGGCAGUGUUGUAAUGUCAACCU